AAACAGAAUAUGAAAUUUCUAUCUUAGUAUAUUUUGAAUUUGGAAUUUUGCCAGAGUUCAUAAUAUAAGUGUGAACCAAAGAAUUUACCACCAAUCUUUUAUUCCAAUUUAGUCUUUUUCACAAUAUAAAACCGCCCCCCGCCGGCCACAUCUCACUCUAUUCGUUUCUUUUUGUCCAGCGUCGUCGUCCUAAAAUUCCUCUGUGCGGAACUGCGGAUUUCACGCUAUCACUGGAGAAAUGGGACUGGGUUUGAACUCGAUCGUUUCCCUGGCAGUGGGCAUCCUGGCGGUGUGGGCAAUCGCCGCGGACUCGGCCCAUCAUCUGGCGCCGGCGCCGGCGGCGGAUUGCAGCAGCGUCAUCAUGAACCUGGCUGAUUGUCUCUCUUUCGUCACCGAUGGCAGCACGGUCCCGAAGCCGGCUAUGUCCUGCUGUUCCGGGCUGAAAACGGUGCUGAAAGCAAACCCGGAUUGCCUGUGCGAGGAGUUCAAGAACAGCGCCGGGCUCGGUGUUUCUCUGAACCUCACCAAGGCCGUGACUCUCCCCACUGCUUGCCAUGUUACUGCCCCCCCUUCCGUUAAGAACUGCAUCCCAAGCGGCAAAUUUUUCCCUUCUCCUUCAGCCGCUCCAUCGGCGUCGCCGGGAAUCAAUUCUGCUCCAACAGUAACUCCGGCGGCAUCUGCCACCGCGCCGGCUGCUAGCUCCCCGUCACCGAGCCAAGUCAACUCAGCUUCCUCCCCGGUGGCUGCCACCCUGAGUGCCGCUGCAUGUUUGGUGGCCUUGUUGUUUUGAGCCCACAAACCCCUCCAUCAUCUUCCUCCUCCGAUGCUUCUUUGUUAUGUGCAUGUGAAUUGUAUUGCUGGUUUCGAAAUUUGUGUAUUGGGUUUUGAGAAUGAAAGACGGUAGAGGUAAUUUAAGGGAUGUGUAUUGUUGGUUUCGGAUAUUGGUUGUAGAGUUGGCAAAUGGGUGAGUUGGGUUUGAAUAAAUUCGGCUUCGGGUUAAGAAUUGCAUGUUCAUGAUUUAGGAGGGUGUAUUCAAUUCAAUUUCUAUGAGAUUUUUUCAAAUUU